AUGACUCAAUUAAUUAUUCUUGUGUUUGUCUUCUUGACAACUAUUACUCACAAGGUAAAUAGUGAAAGUGUACAAAACCUUGUUGUAAGUGAUAUAACUACCAUUUCAAUACGACUAACUUGGAAUCUACCGUCUGUAACAGGAACACUUUCGUAUUAUGUCUUUAUAAGUCCUGCUAAAGUUGAUGGUACCUCAUCAGAGAUAACGACAAGCAAUGAUUACACAGUCGAUGGACUAUUGCAAGGAACGACGUACACCUUUACUGUUCUACUAUUUGUAGACGGUGUGGCUGGAGAGUCUACACAAGUAACAGCAAAUACAUUAUCUGAUGCAGUUCCAGAUCCACCAUCAUCGCUGACAGUUACUGCCACCACUGGUGACAGCAUUUCUCUGGCAUUCACACCCCCAACAGUAGGAGUAUACGAUAGUUAUCGACUUACCUACACACCUAGUGGUGGCUCUGAAUCCGAUCCAAUCACCAUAAAUAGAGAUGAAACAACAUAUACCAUUGAUGGUUUAACCUCUGAUGUAGAAUAUACAAUUUCCAUGGUAACUGUUAGUGGACCUGGUGCACUGGCAAAAUUCAGCACUACUGUGACAACAACAGCUACACCAGUUGACUUUGUUCUCACUAUAACUGGAGUCUCUGGAAGCUUUAUGCUUGUGACAUGGGAGGAUCUACCUGGAAGCUAUGACUCAACAAAAAUAACAUAUGCUGAUGAAAGUGAUCCAACAAAUGAACUUGACGCAGUAUCAGUCGGUGGAAACCAAGCAUUUGCAUCAGGUCUCUCUCCUGGGACUGCUUAUAUAGUGACACAGUAUACAGUGAGUGGGGGAAAUAAAAAUGCUGUUGUCAUCCAAAAACAAUAUACAAAGCCAAAUCCAGUUACAUCACACUCAAUUCUGGCAGUGGGCGAGAACACUAUGACGAUAUCCUGGUCUGAUCCAGUCGGUGGCAAUGAAUAUUACAGAGUUUCCUAUGCACCAGAUAAUGGCUUAACACCAGAAUCCAAUGACGUUGUUGAUGGUAGUAAUACAUUUGAGUUUGAAGGUCUCGACCCUGGUACUGACUACACCAUCACUAUAGUAACUGUUGCUGGGAACCAAGAGAGUGAGGGCUAUGAAUUCACUCAGACUACAUUGCCUGGUACACCUGCAGGAAUCAACAUAAAAUCAGUGAAUUACACCAGCAUACAGAUAUCAUUCAAUGAAUACCCGCAGGCAACGAACUACCUUGUCUCAAUAUCACCAGCAGAUUCAGCUUCAGAGGUUUACACUAGCACCGAUAUUCGACAACAUACAUUCACAGGAUUGAUACCAGGACGUGAAUACACGGUAAUUGUUUCUUCUCAAGCUCCUGACAACCCAGAGGAUCAGACCAAGACUGUAAGAACAAAACUUGGCAUGUCCGGUGAGAUCACGUAUGACCAAGACAACAUUACACCCAACAUUGUAGUGUUUUCGUGGGUUGCCGCAGAUGGCGACGUUGAGUACUACGACGUAUCAAUAGUAUCACAGGACGGUUCAAUAAGUUAUAGUAAAACUGUAAACCCAACUACACAUGGCACUACAGCUUCAUUCUCUAGUCUCGCACCAGAAACUACAUAUACUAUUAGUGUUGUCACAGCUGCUGGUUCCGGCGAUAGCAAAGUAGUCAGUUACCCCCAGACAAUUCAGAUCAACACCUUACCCACUGUAUUAACAGUAUCGCAGCCGAUUGGGGAGACGUACUUACUGCUGCAAUGGUCACCUAUUGUGGGUGAUUUUGAUGAAUAUAAAUUAAGUUAUUCUCCGUCAGGUGGAGAUCCCGAUUCCCCAUUUACGGUGUCCAAAACGACACCGAUUCAAUUAAUAAAUAAUCUCAAUCCAGGCGAGGCAUAUCUUAUUACACUGUAUACUGUUGCCAGUGAUGGAACCGAAUUGGAGAGAGGCUCUAUAGAGCAACGAACAAAACCACAACCGCCAUCAUCCAUCACAAUAGACAGCGUAUCAGAGACUACCUCCAAAGUCAUUUGGACUGGACCGGCUUUGUCCAGCAAUGUUUUUGAUAAAUACUUGCUAACAUACUCGCCGGUCAAUGGGCUUACUCAGUCACCAAUGGAAGUGCCGUCUGACAUCUCUAAGGUUGUGUUAGAAGGAUUAACACCCGCAACAAGUUAUACUGUAACAGUGCAGACCAUAAGUGGGACUUUACAUAGUUCUGUCCAACAGGAAGAGUUCACAACAACUGGUACUAGUUUCGCUGGGUACAUCAUAGAAGUCACUGAAACAACUCUUUGGAUAAAAUGGAGUCCAGACAUAGAUGCAACCGGUUAUCAGAUAAGAGUAAUUGGUACAAACUCUAUUUUUCUGGAAUCUGGUGAUUUGAGCUCGACUACAAAGUCCUACACAUUUACUGGUUUGGAUUCUGGAAUACGCUAUUCUAUUUUCCUGUCAGCAGUAGGCGGAAGUACAAUUACACUCUAUCAAUACACAA